AUGUAUUUAUAUGCUGGAGAUGGCUCUGUCUACCCGUACCAAUAUGGCGCCACGCCUGACCACGCAGAGCACCCAUUCGACUUAUCGCUGAUGUUGAACCAAGGCCUUCAAUUGGUUUGCCUGGCUGGCAUUGCCAGUGCCCUGGCCCUGCGAAGCCCGCUCAUUCCUGUUCAGGCGAUCAAUGGACUUGAUUUCGUUUUCCAGCUGGGGAACAGCAGCUUUCUAGCGACAUCCGCGUCACCCCUGUUGGAGGCACCCCUGAACUACAAGCCGGUCACCGUUGCGGCAACGCAUAUUGUUGCCACAAGUCCGCUCAUUACAGCUCAAUUACUGCAGGAUACUUUCGAUAGGUAUCUCGCCGAGGAUGACGUGUUUACCGAAGACUUUCUUGAGACCAUCAUCAUCAGCUCAAACUACUCGUCAGGGCUGGAUUCUACCGCACGCAGCUUGGUUGAGUCUAUCGGGUCGCAGAUCCUAUUCUUGCCUGCUUCGACCAACUCGACAUCAUCGACAACCCCUGCUGGACCAGUGCUUCUAGAAUCCGGCGGGGGAACCAUCAAAAUAUCCAAGGUCUUUCGUCUGUACACGGAUACUUACAGCAACUUCGUACAUGGCGUUUACGAGUCAGACGGAGAAUACAAGAUACUGAACCUCGUCGAUCCUGAAUGGGGCUAUCCGCUAGUUCCCGUUCCAUCACGCCUCUACAGUCAGGUCGACACUCGGCCCCUAGCUGGCAAGAGAGUUGGCGUGAAAGACGUCUAUGAUGUCAAAGGCCUGAAGACGACGCUGGGGAGCAAGGCCUGGACGAGUAUGAUGGGCGAGGCAAACGCAACAGCCCCAUCCAUCCAACGCAUCAUUCACCUCGGGGGCGUUGUCGUAGGAAAGCAAAAGACAUCUCAGUUUGCGUCCGCAGCCCACGCCUGGGAAUGGACCGACGUCUACUACCCCCAGAAUCCUCGUGGAGAUGGCUAUCUGAGCUGUUCGGCAUCAUCUGCCGGCGGCGCUUGUUCGAUCGCGGCAUACGAGUGGCUAGACUUUGCGAUCGGCUCCGACACUGGCCAGUCUAUGCGUCAGCCGGCGGCGUUUGCAGGCGUGUACGGGAAUCGCCCCUCUCAGGGAAUCAUCGACUUGACUGGGGCCAUGCCGAUUUCGUACGGAACUGACACUGCGGGUGUGUUUGCCAGAGAUCCUCGAGAUUGGGUCCAAUUCGCCAAGGUUUGGUACGAUCCCGCACUUCAUCAAGGCAGCGAUCUGAACGACCUUCCUCAACUUGAAGUGCCGGAUGCACGUAGCUUUCCGAAACGCAUCCUCUACCCUACGGAUCGUCUUCCCCUUAGGAACCCAGCCGCGGAGGUUGUCCUUCAAAGCUUCUUGGAUCAAGUUACGCAGACCAUGGGCCUGUCAAUUGAGAAUGUCAACAUCACCGAGAAGGUGGAAACCGUCACUAGACGGGUUUACGACGGUAUCUUGACUGAUUUGAGGACUCUCUGGACCUACACGCAGCUCAAAGUCGUGGCCACCCCCCUCCUGGACUACUUCAGCCCCAAGUUCCCUGCGUUGGAUCAACCGUUCCGUUCGUCCUGGUGGAAUCGCACACUAGACGCCAAAGAACAUACCGAAGCGCUGCAGCGAAGACACGACGAUUCAGAGGCUUGGCACAGCGAGGUCCUGUUUAGCACGGAAGACAGCUGUUCGGAUUCUAUAUUGAUCUACGACAUCGGCACAGGCGGCUUGCCGUCGUUCCGAGAGGCCUAUUUGAACGAUUCGCCUGGCGCAGCACUUCCGGAUGCCACCGGGUCCAAGGAGGCUGGAUCGAUCCUGGCAUCAUACUUUGGCAGCGCAGACUUUACGAUUCCUAUUGGACAGGUGUCAUACUACAGUAAUGUCACUCACCAGGAGGUGUCGAUGCCCGUGACCAUCAACGUGGUUGUAAAGAGGGGAUGUGACUUUGUUCUUUUCAACUUUAUAGAAGAGUUGGCGCUGCAUGGCAUCUUAGCGCCUGUGGCUGCAGGACCCAAGGCGUUUACCUCUUAA